AUGGAUGUCAAAGACCGGCGACACCGCUCUCUGACCAGGGGACGGUGUGGCAAAGAGUGUCGCUACACGAGCUCCUCCCUGGACAGUGAAGACUGCCGUGUGCCCACACAGAAGUCCUACAGCUCCAGCGAGACUCUGAAGGCCUAUGAUCACGACAGCAGGGUGCACUAUGGGAACCGAGUCACCGACCUCGUUCACCGGGAGUCAGACGAGUUCCCACGACAAGGAACUAACUUCACCCUUGCGGAACUGGGAAUCUGUGAGCCCUCCCCACACCGAAGUGGCUACUGUUCCGACAUGGGGAUCCUUCACCAGGGCUACUCCCUGAGCACAGGGUCUGACGCCGACUCCGAUACAGAGGGAGGGAUGUCUCCAGAACAUGCCAUCAGAUUGUGGGGGAGAGGGAUAAAAUCCAGGCGCAGUUCCGGCCUGUCCAGUCGUGAAAACUCGGCCCUUACUUUGACUGAUUCUGACAACGAAAAUAAGUCAGAUGAUGAGAACGGUCGUCCCAUUCCACCUACAUCCUCGUCUAGCCUCCUCCCAUCUGCUCAGCUGCCUAGCUCCCAUAAUCCUCCACCCGUUAGCUGCCAGAUGCCAUUGCUAGACAGCAACACCUCCCAUCAAAUCAUGGACACCAACCCCGAUGAGGAGUUCUCCCCCAAUUCAUACCUGCUCAGAGCAUGCUCAGGGCCCCAGCAAGCCUCCAGCAGUGGCCCUCCAAACCACCACAGCCAGUCGACUCUGAGGCCCCCUCUGCCACCCCCGCACAACCACACGCUGUCCCAUCACCACUCGUCCGCCAACUCCCUCAACAGGAACUCGCUGACCAACCGGCGGAGUCAGAUCCACGCCCCGGCUCCCGCGCCCAAUGACCUGGCCACCACGCCCGAGUCCGUUCAGCUUCAGGACAGCUGGGUGCUGAACAGCAACGUGCCGCUGGAGACCCGGCACUUCCUCUUUAAGACGUCCUCGGGAAGCACGCCCCUGUUUAGCAGCUCCUCCCCGGGAUACCCUUUGACCUCAGGAACGGUUUACACACCACCACCCCGCCUGCUGCCCCGCAAUACGUUCUCCAGGAAGGCCUUCAAGCUGAAGAAGCCCUCCAAGUACUGCAGCUGGAAAUGCGCCGCCCUGUCGGCCAUCGCGGCCGCCCUCCUCCUCGCCAUCCUGCUGGCGUAUUUCAUAGCAAUGCAUCUGCUCGGACUCAAUUGGCAACUCCAGCCGGCAGAUGGACACACCUUUAACAAUGGGAUAAGGACCGGCUUACCAGGAAGCGAUGAUGUGGCAACAAUGCCAUCUGGAGGCAAAGUGCCCUGGUCCUUGAAGAACAGCAGCAUAGACAGUGGUGAAGCAGAAGUUGGUCGGCGGGUGACCCAAGAAGUCCCACCAGGCGUGUUUUGGAGAUCGCAGAUUCACAUCAGUCAACCCCAGUUCUUAAAGUUCAACAUCUCCCUUGGGAAGGAUGCUCUCUUCGGUGUUUACAUAAGAAGAGGACUUCCACCGUCUCAUGCCCAGUAUGACUUCAUGGAGCGCCUGGAUGGGAAGGAGAAGUGGAGCGUGGUCGAGUCGCCCAGGGAACGCCGGAGCAUACAAACGCUGGUUCAGAACGAAGCCGUGUUUGUCCAGUACCUGGAUGUGGGCCUGUGGCACCUGGCCUUCUACAAUGAUGGCAAAGACAAAGAGAUGGUUUCUUUCAACACUGUGGUCUUAGACUCAGUGCAGGACUGUCCACGUAACUGCCACGGGAAUGGCGAAUGUGUGUCCGGGCUGUGUCACUGCUUCCCAGGGUUUCUAGGAGCAGACUGCGCUAAAGCCGCCUGCCCCGUGCUGUGCAGCGGCAAUGGACAGUACUCUAAAGGGACGUGCCAGUGCUACAGCGGCUGGAAAGGCGCGGAGUGCGACGUGCCCUUGAAUCAGUGCAUUGAUCCUUCCUGCGGGGGCCACGGCUCCUGCAUUGAUGGCAACUGCGUCUGCUCAGCCGGCUACAAGGGCGAGCACUGCGAGGAAGUUGAUUGCUUGGAUCCUACGUGCUCCAGCCAUGGGGUCUGUGUAAAUGGAGAAUGCCUUUGCAGCCCUGGCUGGGGUGGUCUCAACUGUGAGCUGGCGAGGGUCCAGUGCCCAGACCAGUGUAGUGGGCACGGCACGUACCUCCCAGAUACUGGCCUCUGCAGCUGCGAUCCCAACUGGAUGGGUCCCGACUGCUCCGUCGAAGUGUGCUCAGUAGACUGUGGCACUCAUGGCGUCUGCAUCGGGGGAGCCUGCCGCUGUGAAGAGGGCUGGACAGGCGCAGCUUGCGACCAGCGCGUCUGCCACCCCCGCUGCAUUGAGCACGGGACCUGUAAAGAUGGCAAAUGUGAAUGCCGAGAGGGCUGGAAUGGUGAACACUGCACCAUUGAUGGCUGCCCCGAUUUGUGCAACGGCAACGGGAGAUGCACACUGGGUCAGAACAGCUGGCAGUGUGUCUGCCAGACCGGCUGGAGAGGGCCCGGAUGCAACGUUGCCAUGGAAACCUCCUGUGCGGAUAACAAGGAUAAUGAGGGAGAUGGCCUGGUGGACUGCCUGGACCCUGACUGCUGCCUCCAGUCAGCCUGUCAGAAUAGCCUGCUCUGCCGAGGGUCCCGGGACCCCCUAGACAUCAUUCAGCAGGGCCAGACAGACUCCCCCGCAGUGAAGUCCUUCUACGACCGCAUCAAGCUCCUGGCCGGCAAAGACAGCACCCACAUCAUUCCUGGAGACAACCCUUUCAACAGCAGUUUGGUUUCUCUCAUCCGAGGCCAAGUAGUAACUACAGAUGGGACUCCCCUGAUUGGUGUGAACGUGUCUUUUGUCAAGUAUCCAAAAUACGGCUACACCAUCACCCGCCAAGAUGGCACGUUCGACCUGAUCGCCAAUGGUGGUGCCUCCUUGACGCUGCACUUUGAGCGGGCCCCGUUCAUGAGCCAGGAGCGCACCGUGUGGCUGCCGUGGAAUAGCUUUUACGCCAUGGACACUCUGGUGAUGAAGACAGAGGAGAACUCCAUCCCCAGCUGUGACCUCAGUGGGUUUGUCCGGCCGGAUCCGAUCAUCAUUUCCUCCCCGUUGUCGACCUUCUUCAGUGCCGCCCCGGGACAGAAUCCCAUUGUGCCCGAGACCCAGGUCCUUCAUGAAGAAAUUGAGCUCCCUGGGUCCACUGUGAAGCUGCGCUACCUGAGCUCCAGGACCGCAGGCUACAAGUCACUGCUGAAGAUCACCAUGACCCAAUCCACGGUGCCCCUGAACCUCAUCAAGGUUCAUCUCAUGGUUGCUGUAGAGGGGCACCUCUUCCAGAAGUCAUUCCAGGCCUCUCCCAACCUGGCCUACACCUUCAUCUGGGACAAGACAGAUGCCUACGGCCAAAGGGUCUAUGGACUCUCUGAUGCUGUUGUGUCCGUCGGCUUUGAAUAUGAGACCUGCCCCAGUCUCAUCCUGUGGGAGAAAAGGACAGCCCUCCUUCAGGGAUUUGAGCUGGACCCUUCCAACCUCGGUGGCUGGUCCCUGGACAAACACCAUAUCCUCAACGUUAAAAGUGGAAUCCUGCACAAGGGCACUGGGGAGAACCAGUUCCUGACGCAGCAGCCCGCCAUCAUCACCAGCAUCAUGGGCAAUGGCCGCCGGCGGAGCAUCUCCUGUCCCAGCUGCAACGGCCUUGCUGAAGGCAACAAGCUGCUCGCCCCAGUCGCCCUGGCUGUUGGAGUCGACGGGAGCCUCUUCGUUGGCGACUUCAAUUACAUCCGACGCAUCUUUCCCUCUCGAAACGUGACCAGCAUCUUGGAGUUACGAAAUAAAGAGUUUAAACAUAGCAACAACCCGGCACACAAGUACUACCUGGCGGUGGACCCCGUGUCCGGCUCUCUCUUCGUGUCUGACACCAACAGUCGGCGAAUCUACCGAGUCAAGUCUCUGAGUGGAGCCAAAGACCUGGCCGGGAACUCGGAAGUCGUGGCGGGGACAGGCGAGCAGUGCUUGCCCUUUGACGAAGCCCGCUGCGGGGACGGAGGCAAGGCUGUGGAUGCCACCCUGAUGAGCCCGCGAGGUAUUGCAGUUGACAAGAAUGGACUCAUGUACUUUGUCGACGCCACCAUGAUCCGCAAGGUCGACCAGAAUGGAAUCAUCUCCACCUUGCUAGGCUCCAACGACCUCACCGCCGUCCGGCCCUUGAGCUGUGACUCCAGCAUGGACGUGGCCCAGGUUCGCCUGGAGUGGCCAACAGACCUUGCCGUCAACCCCAUGGACAACUCCCUGUACGUUCUGGAGAACAACGUCAUCCUUCGCAUCACCGAGAACCAUCAAGUCAGCAUCAUCGCGGGACGCCCCAUGCACUGCCAGGUUCCUGGCAUUGACUACUCGCUUAGCAAACUAGCCAUUCACUCUGCCCUGGAGUCAGCCAGCGCCAUCGCCAUCUCUCACACUGGGGUCCUCUACAUCACCGAGACGGAUGAGAAGAAGAUUAACCGACUACGCCAGGUAACAACCAAUGGGGAGAUCUGCCUGUUAGCAGGCGCAGCCUCUGACUGUGACUGCAAAAACGAUGUCAAUUGCAACUGCUACUCAGGAGACGAUGCCUACGCGACUGACGCCAUCUUGAAUUCCCCAUCAUCCUUAGCUGUAGCUCCUGACGGUACCAUCUACAUCGCAGACCUUGGGAAUAUUCGGAUCAGGGCGGUCAGCAAGAACAAGCCUGUUCUGAAUGCUUUUAACCAGUAUGAGGCUGCCUCCCCCGGGGAACAGGAGUUGUACGUCUUCAAUGCCGAGGGUAUCCACCAGUACACCGUGAGCCUGGUGACGGGGGAGUACUUGUACAACUUCACAUACAGUGCUGACAACGAUGUCACUGAGCUGAUUGACAACAACGGAAAUUCCCUGAAGAUCCGUCGGGACAGCAGUGGCACGCCCCGCCAUCUGCUCAUGCCCGACAACCAGAUCAUCACCCUCACGGUGGGCACCAACGGAGGUCUCAAAGUCGUGUCCACGCAGAACUUGGAGCUUGGCCUCAUGACCUAUGAUGGGAACACUGGCCUCCUGGCCACCAAGAGUGAUGAAACAGGAUGGACAACGUUCUAUGACUAUGACCAUGAGGGCCGCCUCACCAACGUGACACGCCCCACGGGGGUGGUGACCAGCCUACACCGGGAAAUGGAGAAGUCCAUCACUAUUGACAUUGAGAACUCCAACCGUGAUGACGAUGUCACUGUCAUUACCAACCUGUCCUCGGUGGAGGCCUCCUACACAGUGGUACAAGAUCAAGUGCGGAACAGCUACCAGCUCUGCAAUAACGGGACCCUGCGGGUGAUGUAUGCCAACGGGAUGGGUGUGAGCUUCCACAGUGAGCCCCACGUGCUCGCAGGCACCAUCACCCCCACCAUCGGGCGCUGCAAUAUCUCCCUGCCCAUGGAGAAUGGCCUCAACUCCAUUGAGUGGCGCCUAAGAAAGGAACAGAUUAAAGGCAAAGUUACCAUCUUUGGCAGGAAGCUCCGGGUCCAUGGAAGAAAUCUCUUGUCCAUUGACUAUGACCGGAACAUUCGGACAGAGAAGAUCUAUGAUGACCACCGGAAGUUCACCCUGAGGAUCAUCUAUGACCAAGUGGGCCGCCCCUUCCUCUGGCUCCCCAGCAGCGGGCUGGCGGCCGUGAACGUCUCCUAUUUCUUCAAUGGGCGCUUGGCCGGCCUUCAGCGUGGGGCCAUGAGCGAGAGGACGGACAUCGACAAGCAGGGCCGGAUCGUGUCCCGCAUGUUUGCCGACGGGAAGGUGUGGAGCUAUUCCUACCUUGACAAGUCCAUGGUGCUCCUGCUCCAGAGUCAGCGUCAGUACAUAUUCGAGUACGACUCCUCCGAGCGCCUCCAUGCCGUCACCAUGCCCAGCGUCGCCCGGCACAGCAUGUCCACCCACACCUCCAUCGGCUACAUCCGCAACACUUAUAACCCGCCUGAAAGCAACGCUUCCGUCAUCUUUGACUACAGUGAUGAUGGCCGCAUCCUGAAGACAUCCUUUUUGGGCACUGGACGCCAGGUAUUCUACAAGUAUGGGAAACUCUCCAAGCUGUCAGAGAUUGUCUACGACAGCACUGCCAUCACUUUUGGGUAUGAUGAGACCACCGGCGUCUUAAAAAUGGUUAACCUCCAAAGUGGGGGCUUCUCCUGCACCAUCAGGUACCGAAAGAUCGGCCCACUCGUGGACAAGCAGAUCUACAGGUUCUCCGAGGAAGGCAUGGUCAACGCCAGGUUUGAAUACACCUAUCACGACAACAGCUUCCGGAUCGCAAGCAUCAAGCCCGUCAUAAGUGAGACUCCCCUUCCCGUUGACCUCUACCGCUAUGAUGAGAUUUCCGGCAAAGUGGAGCACUUUGGCAAGUUCGGGGUCAUCUAUUAUGACAUCAACCAGAUCAUCACCACGGCCGUGAUGACCCUCAGCAAACACUUUGACACCCACGGGCGGAUCAAGGAAGUCCAAUACGAGAUGUUCCGGUCCCUCAUGUACUGGAUGACGGUGCAGUAUGACAGCAUGGGCAGGGUGAUCAAGAGGGAGCUGAAACUGGGGCCCUACGCCAACACCACUAAGUACACGUACGACUAUGACGGGGACGGGCAGCUCCAGAGUGUGGCCGUCAAUGACCGCCCCACCUGGCGCUACAGCUACGACCUCAAUGGGAACCUCCACUUGCUGAACCCGGGGAACAGUGUGCGCCUCAUGCCCUUGCGCUACGACCUCCGGGAUCGGAUAACCAGGCUUGGCGACGUGCAGUACAAAAUUGAUGACGAUGGCUAUCUGUGCCAGCGAGGGGCUGACAUCUUUGAGUACAACUCCAAGGGCCUCCUAACGAGGGCUUAUAACAAGGCCAGUGGCUGGAGCGUCCAAUAUCGCUAUGAUGGUGUGGGGCGGCGGGCUUCCUACAAGACCAACCUGGGCCACCACCUGCAGUAUUUCUACUCCGACCUCCACAACCCGACUCGCAUCACCCAUGUCUACAAUCACUCCAACUCAGAGAUAACCUCGCUCUACUAUGACCUCCAGGGGCACCUCUUUGCCAUGGAGAGCAGCAGUGGAGAGGAGUACUACGUUGCCUCGGAUAACACGGGGACGCCCCUGGCUGUGUUCAGCAUCAAUGGUCUCAUGAUCAAGCAGCUGCAGUACACCGCCUAUGGGGAGAUUUAUUACGACUCCAACCCUGACUUCCAGAUGGUCAUUGGCUUCCACGGGGGACUCUACGAUCCCCUCACCAAGCUGGUCCACUUCACGCAGCGUGAUUAUGACGUGCUGGCAGGACGAUGGACCUCUCCAGACUACACCAUGUGGAAAAAUGUGGGCAAGGAGCCAGCCCCCUUUAACCUGUACAUGUUCAAGAGCAACAAUCCUCUCAGCAAUGAGCUGGACUUGAAGAACUACGUGACAGAUGUGAAAAGCUGGCUUGUGAUGUUUGGAUUUCAGCUCAGCAACAUAAUUCCUGGCUUCCCAAGAGCCAAAAUGUAUUUCGUGCCUCCGCCCUAUGAAUUAUCAGAGAGUCAAGCAAGUGAGAGCGGACAGCUCAUUACAGGUGUCCAGCAGACAACCGAGAGGCACAACCAGGCCUUCCUGGCUCUUGAAGGGCAGGUCAUUUCUAAGAAGCUCCACGCCAGCAUCCGCGAGAAAGCAGGCCACUGGUUCGCCACCACCACGCCCAUCAUCGGCAAAGGCAUCAUGUUUGCCAUCAAGGAGGGGCGGGUGACCACCGGUGUGUCCAGCAUCGCCAGCGAGGACAGCCGCAAAGUGGCAUCUGUGCUGAACAACGCCUACUACCUGGACAAGAUGCACUACAGCAUCGAGGGCAAGGACACCCACUACUUCGUGAAGAUCGGCUCAGCCGAUGCCGACCUGGUCACCCUGGGCACCACCAUCGGCCGCAAGAUGCUGGAGAGCGGGGUGAACGUGACCGUGUCGCAGCCCACGCUGCUGGUCAACGGCAGGACUCGAAGGUUCACCAACAUCGAGUUCCAGUACUCCACGCUGCUGCUCAGCAUCCGCUACGGCCUCACCCCCGACACCCUGGAUGAAGAGAAGGCCCGCGUCCUGGACCAGGCCAGGCAGAGGGCGCUGGGCACGGCCUGGGCCAAGGAGCAGCAGAAAGCCAGGGACGGCCGCGAGGGCAGCCGCCUGUGGACGGAGGGCGAGAAGCAGCAGCUGCUGAGCACGGGCCGCGUGCAGGGCUACGAGGGCUAUUACGUGCUUCCCGUCGAGCAGUACCCUGAGCUGGCGGACAGUAGCAGCAACAUCCAGUUUUUAAGACAGAACGAGAUGGGAAAGAGGUAA